AUGAACUCCUUAUCGCAUUUCGACAGCUACCAGCCAUGUCUUCCUCCCGAAAUACUCGAUCUUUUUGUCGACGCGCUCUACGACUGCCCGUAUAUAAACUCCAAAUCCCCAACCCUGCGCGCAUGCAGCCUUGUGUCACGCGCUUUCGCCGCUCGGGCCCGAAAAUAUCUCUUCGAACGCGUCGACUUACGCGUAACAACAGAAACCAUCGAACAGGCAGAAGAUAUCUACGAAAUCAUGUCAUGGACACCGAGAGCUCUCGGGUCAGGAGGUCACCUUAGCGGCAUCGCUCCUUUCAUCAGGGUCCUCUCUGUGGACAUCUGGUGCGCGCAACGCAGCGUCGUUGUUCGCGCCGAGAAUGUGCUGUCAGCAAUUUUUCAAGGGUUGCACGGACCAGAGCACGGCAUCGAGGAUUUAUUUCUGUCUUACGAGGAGGUUUGGGGAAAUAUCGGAUUGGGCCUUCGCCACUCACUGAGCGACUUGCUCCGGUCGCCACGACUUAAAACGCUUUCGUUAACAGGUUUCUUGGGGCUGCCCACGAUGCUUCUUGUUGGAAGCCGUAUAGAGGAUUUGACGUUGGAUUCCAUUGAGUCCGACGAUCAGCCUUGCUUCUAUUCAUCUCGGUACCCAGUGCACGAGAGGACCUAUCCCCAACUCAAGCACCUGUCGGUGCGGCUCACGGAUUCCGACCAUGUGAUUCCUCUAUUGGAAACGAGUACGACGUCCGCUCUGAAUCUCGUCUCCGAAUUCUCAGCAUCGAUCGACACCGACGACGACUAUAUGGACUUGGUUCCCCUGCUCAGACGCAUGGAGAAAACCCUUCAAACGAUCAGUCUGAAUUUCGGUUCAGGUACACAUAUACGCACUCUCAUCACGCAUUAUCUGAACUUCGAUGCCUUCCCAGACUCCUACUUCCAGCCAGAAUAUCUUGUCCCCGUCGAUCUCUCCAAAAUGCCCAACCUGACCGAAAUUCAGUUUACAUACGAUGGAUCCUCCGAAGUCUCCUACUCCGACGGCCUCCGCAUCACCAUCAUCCUCCUGUCCAUGCUCUGUGCUCCUCCUUCCCUACACACUCUCGACAUGACCUUCAUCACGGACCACACCUGGUCUCCGGACGACCCCUCCCUGCCGCCCUUGAUCAAGACGCUGACAAUGCCUGCUGAGUUGAACGGGUGGACUGAGCUGAAUGGAGUGAUCGCGGAGAUGACGAUGGUAAAGAAGGUGGUGAUGACGAUAUGUACGAUUAGCUGCAAGGGAAAUGAGGAGGCGACGAAGGAACUGUCGGAGCGUGUCGAGAGGUUGAUGAGAACGGCGAUGCCCCACUUUUCGGGUACUGGGAAGGUGCCGGAGUUGGUUCUCCAGUUUCCUGUUGCAGAUGAAGAUGAAGAAGACGAGGAGGAAGGUAAUGAAGACGAGACCGAGAACGGAGACGAAAGCAAGGAUGAAGACGAAGACGAAAGCGAGAACGAGACCUGGUUGGAUUAA